CAAAGAGGACUGAAGCUCCAAAGGUUCACGAAUAAUAAAGCAGAGCUUAAUUUAAGUCUAAUAUUUUAGUUCUUUAAUAAUCCAUAAACCAAGAAAGAAUUAGAACUGAUAAUUCAGAAAAAGGUAUAUUUAUUUAUUUCAUUGGCUAUAGUUCCAAGAUAUGGUAAAUAUGAAUACUUAGUGCGUAUUUACUCAGAUCGAAGAAAAGGAGUCCGAAGGUUGUUAGAUGAUAUACUCAGUUUCAACUAAUAAAGUACGUUUAUCAUUGACUAAAAUGUUAAAUUUAUAUAUAUAUAUAUAUAUAUAUAUAUAAAUUUAAUUUUCCUAGCAUUGCUUUUGAAAGAAUUUGAUAUUAAUACACUAUUCCCUGUGAAUGCUAUGGCAGCUUAUGAAAACUGCAGUGAUGAUGAGUGCUUCCAAGAUGCUGUUGAAAGUGUUGACACGUCAUUUUCCAUGGAAUUUCUCGAAACUUUGGAAGAGAUGAGAAUAGCUCUUAACCUUUUUUUAAACAAUCACUUCGAAGAAUCAAAGCGGCGAAUGCGAAAGGGUGCUGAUAAAGAUAUGUAUCAUGCUCUGGGAUAUGCUGUUAUUCUAUAUAUGCAGGCAGCAAUGACAUUUGAAGCUGCAGAUAUCGAGAUAGCCUCUGGAGCAGUUAAAUCAGCACUAAAGGUUAUUAGCAAGAAACGAAAAAAAAAUGGAUUAAUAGAGAGUGUUACGAACAUGAUAACUAUUCAAAAUUAUAAUAGCUUCAGUAAUGAGGAGGUCCAUGCAGAGUUAUGCUAUGCUGAACUCUUAUGCUUCAGAGCGAUGUUGACGAUCAUACAAGAUGAGAGUCUUAUGGCAUUUAUUAAAGCUGGACUGAAGAUAAGAAAUUCUUUUAGUGCCUACAAAGCAUGCUACACUAUAAUAGAAAAAAGAAACUUUAAAAAUGAUUCUAAUAUGUCCAAAAUUGAUUUUGAAAGCGGAGUUCGUUUUGGUAUAGGUUUAUUUAAUCUGAUGAUAUCUUUAAUGCCAGCCAAAAUUUUAAAACUUUUGGAGUUUGUAGGAUUUUCAGGCGAUAAGCCAAAAGUAGUGAUGGAAUUGUGGAGUGUUUUUAAUGUAUUCGGCAAACAUACUAAAAAUAAAGAUGAUCUUAAAACUUUAUCUGUCAGAAUAUUACCCAGAGGUGUUAGUGUAUCUGAGUUCACUUACGAUAGCAGAUAUGCUAUUUAUUUACAGAAUAAAGGACUAACCGAGCUGCAAUCUGGCGUUAGUCUAGAUAAGGCAUUGAGAUCUCCUCUCUGUGCUUUGGCACUUUUGGCUUACCAUACCGUAAUUUGCUUCUUCAUUGGAUCAGAAGAUGGAGAUUUGCAUCUGGCACAGAGAAUUAUUAAAAUAUAUGAAGCAAAGUACCCAAAGGGCGUUUUCUUUCUCUUCUUCGCUGGUAGACUAAGAGAAGUUAGCGGCGAAAUUGAUGAAGCAAUCGAAAAACUAGAAGAGUGUAGAGAUUGCCAAGAUGAAUUAACUCAGUUUAAACAUAUUUGUUAUUGGGAAUUAAUGUGGUGCCAUUCAUUUAAAAGGGAGUGGACAUUUGCAAUGAAAUAUGCUGAGAUGCUAUCUGAAGAAAGUAAAUGGAGCAAGGUGAUGUAUUUAUAUCAAAAAGCAGCAUUUCUCCUGAUGAUAGAAGAGCAGUCAGAUGAUUUAAGGGAACAUGUGACUGACCUACUUGAAAAAGCUCCUAUAUUUAAACAAAAAAUUGCUGGAAAAUCAUUACCUAUGGAAAAAUUUGCGAUCAAAAAGUGCGAAAGAUAUUUUGCACAGAAAAGGCGCCUCCUUGUUCCUGCAUAUGAAUUGCAAUACUUGUGGAAUCAUUUUAGCAUUAUGAGCAAAUCUGCCGGCUUAUUGCAACCAAUAUUGGCAGAAAUAGAUAAUAAUUUACUUUUGUUGGAAUCGCCUGAAAAACCUGAUUCUUUUUAUGACGACCUAGGUUUGUUACUCUUAUUAAAGGGUGCCUGUCUUCGUCAUUUAGGACAGCUAAAGGAAGCUUUAUCUAUUCUAAAACAACUUCAAGAAAAAGAGAAAGAUAUAAAACAAGAUACUUAUCUUAUUCCAUAUUCUCAUCUUGAAAUAGCUUUAAUAUAUUGUGAAAUGAAAAGCUAUGACAGAGCUUUGAAAUUCAUAGAGUUAGCCAAGCAAAAGAAAGGUUUCACCCUUGAAAAUAGAUUACAUUUCCGCUGUCACUCAGCUAAGAAACAUAUUCUCUCGUUAACAGGAAAAGAGUUUGAGAAUGAUACUGAGAUUGAUGAAAUAGAUUUAAGAUUAAAAAAUUCGCCUUUGAACAAUGGAACAAACAAUGUAAACUUAUGCGAUUUAUGA